CUCCACUAACGGGAGGUGGGACUGGGACUGGGACGCCCAGUGACUGACGCGGCAGGUCGGGGCGGGUCGGGAGGCUGAGCCGCUGCUGGCCGGACCCACAGACGCAACCAUGAGCUCCACCGCUUCCACUCUCCGGAUAGCCACCUUCUGCAGGAGUUCCCGCCAUCUCCUGCCAAAAUCCGGCCUGCGUUACUUCAGCUCAGCUGCCCAGAGCUUGACCCCAGAGGGGAACGAUCCCGGCAGUAAAACCCUCAAACAGGAGAGGUCGGGCACCAAAGGUCCAACCAAACCGUUGCCCAAAUGCGCCGAGGUGGUGGUGAUUGGCGGCGGCAGCAUGGGGUGCCAAACCCUCUACCAUCUGGCCAAAAUGGGCAUCACCAACGUGGUCCUGUUGGAACGGGACCAGCUGACGGCUGGGACAACGUGGCACACAGCCGGUCUCCUGUGGCAACUGCGACCCAGUGACAUUGAGGUGGAGCUCCUGAGCCACACGCACAGGGUUGUGAGCAAAGACCUGGAGCAAGAGACUGGGCUACACACCGGCUGGAUCGAGAACGGCGGCCUCUUCAUCGCCUCGAACAAGCAGAGGUUGGACGAGUACAAACGCCUCAUGUCAUUGGGGAAGGCCUAUGGGAUUGAGUCCCAUGUGUUGUCCCCCUCGGAGACGAAGGAUCUGUACCCUCUGAUGAACGUGAGUGACCUGUACGGCACUCUCUACGUCCCUACUGAUGGCACCAUGGACCCUGCCGGGACCUGCAGCACCCUGGCACGUGCGGCCACCACACGUGGGGCCACGGUGAUUGAGAACUGCCCAGUGACGGGGAUCCAGGUGAAGGUGGAUGAUUUUGGGGUUCGACGGGUCGCUGGCGUGGAGACAGACUAUGGAACGAUCCAGACAGCUUGUGCCAUUAACUGCGCAGGUGUGUGGGCUCGGAAGCUGGGGGCCAUGGCUGGGGUUAAUGUUCCUCUUAUUGUCAUGCGGCACGCCUAUGUGGUGACAGAGCGGAUCGAAGGAAUCCAGAACAUGCCGAAUGUUCGGGAUCACGACGCCUCAGUGUAUCUCCGUCUCCAGGGCGAUGCCUUGUCGGUGGGAGGAUACGAACCCAAUCCAAACUUCUGGGAAGAGGUCCAGGAUAAGUUUGCCUUCAGCCUCUUUGAUCUGGAUUGGGAUGUCUUCACCCAGUUGAUCGAGGGAGCAAUUAAUCGUAUUCCUGUACUGGAGACGACUGGGGUGAAGUCAACUGUGUGUGGCCCAGAGUCUUUCACUGCCGACCACAAGCCGCUGAUGGGGGAAGCUCCGGAGCUCAGAGGCUUCUACCUGGGGUGUGGAUUCAACAGCGCUGGUAUGAUGCUGGGAGGUGGCUGCGGGAAGGAGCUCGCUCACUGGGUCAUUCACGGUCGACCCGAGAUGGAUAUGUAUGGUUAUGACAUCCGGCGCUUCCAUCACUCAAUGACCAACGAUAAUCGCUGGAUCCGAGAGCGAAGCCACGAAUCCUACGCCAAGAACUACUCGGUGGUCUUCCCGCACGACGAGCCCCUCGCUGGGAGGAACAUGAGGCACGACCCUCUGUACCAGGAACUCCUCCAGCAAGGCUGCGUCUUCCAGGAGAGGCACGGAUGGGAGCGGCCAGGCUGGUUCAACCCGACGGGACCCGCUCCGCCUCUGGAUUAUGAUUAUUACGGAAUGUACGAUAACAAGCGGCAUGAGGAUUACAGGUACAAUCAGCUACUGCGGGAAGAUUACACCUUUGAUUUUCCUUCGCACCACGAUCAGGUAGGUACCUGCUUCCUCUUCACCAACACCCACUCACAGAGACAUUCGCUAUUUUUACAGCAGCAGAAAUGUGUGCCCGCAGUCAGCAGUGCUGGUGUAUUUCCAGGUAAAACGGUGUACACCUGCAUGCUGAAUAGUCGAGGCGGGGCAGAGAGCGAUCUUACUGUGAGCCGCAUCGAGUCCUCUCCACAAGGAUCAUCUCUCACUCCUACCUUCGAAGGUGAUGGCUACUACCUGGCAGUGGGAGGGGGAGUGGCGCAGCACAACCUGUCCCACAUCACCUCCGUACUCCAGGACCGCCGGCUGAACUGCCGGCUGCUCGACUGCUCGGCGGAGAUGGGGAUGAUCAGCGUGCAGGGACCCCUGAGUCGCACGGUUCUGCAGGAUGUUCUCGACGUGGACCUUAGCAACAAGGCUUUUCCCUUCUCCACUCACCAGGUGGUGAAAGCCGCUGGCCAUUGGGUGCGGGCGAUGAGACUGUCGUUUGUCGGCGAGAUGGGCUGGGAGCUGCACGUGCCGAGGGACGCCUGUGUGCCCGUUCACCGCGCGGUCAUGCAGUCCGGCGCCAAGUUUGGGAUCGCCAACGCUGGUUACAGAGCCAUAGACUCGCUCAGCAUCGAGAAAGGGUACAGACACUGGCACGCUGACCUGCGAUCUGACGACACUCCUCUGGAGGCCGGCCUCGCCUUCACUUGCAAACUAAAGUCCAAGAUCCCGUUUCUUGGCCGAGAGGCUCUGGAGGUGCAGAAGGCACAGGGACUGUUCAAACGCUUGAUGUGCUUCACCAUCGACCAGAAGGUGCCCUUGUUUGGCCUGGAAGUGAUCUGGAGGAACGGCAAGGUGGUCGGACUGGUCCGGAGGGCAGAUUUUGCAUUCACGCUCAAUAAAUCCGUAGCUUACGGUUACAUCAGGGAUCCAGAGGGGGCAGUGGUGACCACGGACUUUGUGAAGCAGGGCGAGUACUCGCUGGAGAGGAUGGGAGUCUCCUACCCGGCCAAGGUCCACCUCAAAUCACCCUUCGAUCCAAGCAACAAGCGAGUGAAGGGGAUCUACGAUUGAGGAUCUGGGAAACGAAAGCUGCCUUGAGCCCAGUGUCUGGCAAAAAUGCAACCAGGAAUAUGCUGUCAUUCCCAUUGACUUUCAAUUGAGGGUCAUUUGAUGCAACUCUGCAAUAUUGAGUAGCAAUGUUACAAAAUUUUGAGAUUUAAAAAAUCAAGUCUUUAAUUUAUCCCAUCAGAUAAAGCAUAAAAAGAAGUUUAAUUUGACACCUAAUUCACUUUCAUAUCUUCAGUAUUAAAAAGGUUAUGGCCA